AGUUUAGUUGCGCAUAUUAUCUGAACGAGCUUUGAGGCUACCUUCUAUGCCAGUGUGUAUAAAGGUUGCUUCGAAAUAAGAGGCAUUAUAGAUUUGACAAUUUUCGAUUGGUUCAGAUUCUCAAUACCUACAUCUAACCUAACUACCUUGCGCUACCUACAAUUGCAAAGACAAUGAACAUCAUCUACGGAUUCCUUCUUGCAUUCGGAUGCAUCAGCAUCGCUGCUGGAGAUAGAUUGAAAUGUACUCUCAACCCUGCAGACGUACCUAAUUCAUGGCUGGAUAUGGUAGACCCGUGCAUCAAGGCCAUGGAAGCCCAAGUGCAGACUGAGAUUGAAGCAUCUAUAACUUAUCUUGCCAUGGGUGGUCACUUCGCACGUGACUCUGUAAACAGACCUGGAUUCAGCAAACUCUUCUUGGAAAGUGCCAGCGAAGAGCGUGAUCAUGCUUUGAAGAUCAUUGAAUACCUAUUAAUGCGUGGACAGCUUACAAGUGAUGUGAGCAAACUGCUCAAGUUCCCACUGCGACCGAUACGAGAGGAAUGGUCCAGCGGAGUGGAAGCACUUUCCGAUGCUCUCAAGCUGGAAGCACAAGUUACACAAAGUAUCCGCAACAUCAUUCAAGUUUGCGAAAAUCCAACACCCAGCGACUUCAACGAUUAUCAUUUGGUCGAUUAUCUCACCGCUGACUUUUUGGAUGAACAAUACAAGGGCCAACGUGAUCUUGCUGGGAAAAUUUCAACUCUUGGUAAGAUGAUGGCAACUCACGGACCCCUUGGUGAAUUCCUGUACGAUAAGAAACUCCUCAACGGCGAAUUGUAAGACGCCUGUCUGUUUGAGAAAUAAUAAAAAUGUGACAUUUUUUUUUUAUAACACAAGUCAGUCAUAUUUGGAAUAAUGUAGCGGUUUGAAUAACGAUCACAAUCGUGUAUUCGCUAGUAUAGUAUCCAUGGUUUUCUAUCGUCCUUUGUUCGUGUCACAAUUGACUCCUAGGUUUAAAUUAAUUCUUUUUUCCUAAAUAUGGCUGUAUAUAUAACAACAAAAUAUUCUAAGAUUAUGUAUAAAGAACAGAGAGUUUAUAGUGUUUGUUAUUCUGUAAUCAGGUUCAUACUGUAAACGAUUAUUGGUGAAUAAAGACAUGCUGUUCAAAGAUGAAA